GGGAAGCAGUUUAUCUCAAACAUAUCUCAAGCUGUCGCAGUUUGCUCCAUUGUGUGUCACGAUUGUUUUGUAGAAAGCUGGUUUGUUUUUAAAGUCGUUGAAAACUCGUUACUUUUUACAUUCAAUAAUUAGGCACAUCUUGACCGAUUGGCUGCUGAACACCUAACUGCAGUAUCUUGCAUCGAUAGCCGCUGCCGUAUGGUCGUCCAGUAUUGAAUUACGUAUUAAGCUGAUUGCAAGUUGCAGGCAGCGAUUUCUCGUUCUAUGAUUCGGAACACGGAAGCACGGGUGAAUUUUCUAUCAUUAUGGCUUUCCGAGGAUUGUGUGGCUCCCGGGGCGAUCAGGAGUAUUUCGGCAAGGGCGAUGCAGUGAACAUUGAAAAAGCGUUUGACGACGAGGAUUUGGUGGAGAAAAACAAUGCAGGAAGCGAAUUUGCGUAUACUCCGGUUCCGGGGGGACCGUUUUCGGCCAUACUACCAUCGUUGUGGCCACAGCAGAUUCUUAAAGAAAUGAGCGAAAGUGGCGAGUCGGCGGAUGGAACGGCGUACAAUGCGUUCGGAUUCGUUAAAGAUCCAUCUAACAUGCAUCCCCUUACGUUCAAUGAGAAUUCUCAGCACAAGUUUCAGUGGCUGGCACAUUUGGAGUUUUCUGCGAAUCAUCAAAAGGGACGCGUCGACAUAACAUGGGACAAGCUACAAUAUAAAAUCGCCCACACGGAAAAACUGCGUAGUAUGAUCCUGGAUGGAAUUCCGCACUCACUUCGCCCACAAAUGUGGAUGCGGUUGUCUGGUGCGGUGGAGAAGAAGUUCGCUUCCGAAGUGGGAUACAGCGAGAUUGUGCGCAGUAGCAUAAAGAUCCAUAAACCGGAUGAAAAGCUAAUAGAAAAGGAUAUCCUCCGUAUCUUCCCGACACACCCCUGCUUCUUAUCUAAAACUUCCGUUGGUGUAAAUCGACUACGACGUGUUUUACGCAGUUUAGUAUGGAUGUAUCCGAAUAUUGGUUAUUGUUCGGGAUACGGAUCUAUUGUUGCGCCACUUUUAUUGCUGAUGGAGGAGAACGACGCUUUCUGGCUAAUGUGUACAAUCAUUGAACGGCUGCUUCCUGCUUCAUAUUUCGCACAUGGCAUGCUGGGAGCGCAGGCUGACCAGAAGGUGUUGAUGGAACUGAUUGAAGAGUAUCUACCGCUGAUCAAACAAAAAUUCCAGCGAGAAGAAAUUGAUAUCACUUUGAUAACUAUUUCCUGGUUUAUGUCCCUGUUUUCCAACGUUUUCGCCAUCCAUGACCUACUGCCUUUGUGGGACUGGUUUUUUUACGAUGGUUCGAUCGCCCUUUUUCAAACGACACUUGGCAUGCUAAAGCUAAAGCAUGACCACAUACUUCAACUUGGAGCUGCUUUGCUCUUCAAUUUCCUUUCGAACCUUCCUAAUGAAGUAGGAGGUAUCUCGGAAGCCAUGAAAACCGGUGCGGCUUUGACACCAAAUCUGACACCAGAAAUUAUCCAUGAAAAGCGACAAAAUCAUCUAGCCGUGAUGAUGGCGUCCUCUGGAAGUUUAUUCGCUCCUAAUUUUCCUUUUAAUAUGCCGAACCAGGAGGUGUCGCAAGGCGGAAACGCCGGCAUCUUUCGGGGUCUGCUAGCCGAUACAUCCGCCGCCAGUAAGCAGAAAAACAUUCGACAGACGGAACUGCUCGUUAAUUUACGAGAAGCUAUCCUAAUGAUCUGCAAACAUUUUCAAAAUCAUGACCCUCUCAUGGAAAACGUGAACAUCACGGCUGAUUAUUCACCGGAGAGUCACCUUAGAGAUCGGGAAAUUUUUGGGCGGGCAUCGCGCAGCCACUGUCGGCGUGCUAAAGCACUGAUGGAUUUUGAGCGAACAGCGGAUGAUGAACUGGGCUUCCGGAAGAACGAUGUUAUUAUGAUUAUUUCGCAGAGCGAUGAGCACUGUUGGACUGGUGAGCUGAAUGGAUUGCGUGGGUGGUUUCCUGCGCGAUUUGUGGAGUUAUUAGAUGAAAGAGGCAAAGAGUAUUCGCCGGCUGGUGAUGAUGCCGUUUCAGAGGCUAUUGGGGAUUUAGUGCGAGAAAAACUGUGCCAGAGCAUGCUGGCGAUAUUCGAGCAUGGAAUUCAACAGGCAGUCCUCUUAGGUACCAACAUGCAUCCAUGGUCGUUUAUUGAAGAGGUGGCCGAUAAGGUUAUGCGCAAUCAUAUGGACAGCAUAUAUGCCCGCAUAAAUUUAUGCAAAGCGUACAAGCUCGAUGAGGACGCGCGCCUGCUCAAUCCGGAAGAGCUCUUGUACAAAGCCGUGAGGAAUAUUAAUGACACACAUAAUAGUGUCCAUGCUUCAAUGGAUACCAAGUUUCGAUCUUUUAUCUGUAGCGGAUUGAAUGAUCAAGUACUGCACUUGUGGCUACAUUUACUGUGCGCAUGUUAUGGUAAAGGCGAUAUUGAAAAGGGUACCGGUGGUAUUGAAAAGGAUAUAAUGGCUGUAUUGGAAAAAUGGUAUCAUACGUGGUCAAUGAUGAGAAGUCCAGCGUGGCUGCAGAUAAAAUGUGAACUAAGAAUCUUAUCGCGUCUAUGUUUCACGCUGUCCCUGGAUGCGGAAAUCAGUCCAAAGCGACCAAAGGGCUUUCCGCUGCGCAGCAGUGUACGGGAUCUCUUAGUGCGAUAUCAUUUAUUCAGCUGGGAGCUGCAAUGAAACGAGAUGAGAAUAUUUUAUAGCGGGCCCAUUCUGCCUCUUGAGGUUAACCGUCAUAUCAUGAUCCCGGUGGCAGAUUUCUUGACGUUCAGCUCCGAUAUCAUCAUUCCGCCGGGUUUGACGUUUGUGUUUUUUAUUACCCCAGCACAUUAUCCUGUCGUGUAUCCCGAGAGUGGAACGGAAAUGGAUAGAGUUCUAUUUUCUCUCUUUUUAUCCACGGUUGACGAAAUAAAUCUGCAGUGAAAUGAUUGAUCGCCGACUGUGCGCGUAACGGUUAUCUGUUGGCCGGAAAUUGCGGUGGCGUCGUGACAUGUCCAGCGGAGUGUAAGGGCUGUUUGUACGUUUUUCUAUUUUGUUUUCUCCGUAUAGAUGUGUUGGAUCAACACAAUCUGACUGAGGCCGCAUGUUUGGUGGGGGGUAUGAAUUAAAAAACACUUAUGGAAA